AUGGGCUUUCUCUUGUGCUCAUUCAAACUCGUCCGCUCGCUUUUUGUCGUUUUGGUCUUCGCAGUCAGCCUUCCGUUUCUAGCAGUUUAUGGAGUUUACAAAAAAUGUCACGAACAGGUAGACUCCUUUUUAAAAAAUAAUCACUAUUAUCAAUACCGGUUCAGAAUGUAAAGUCCAGCAGGAAGGCAGCGAUUUCCAGAUUCAGAGCUCGACGAGCCGCCGAUUUCCUCGACUUUGAGAACAAAACGAAUCCGUCGAAUCUGGUGCAUAAUGAACGAAUUCUGGGGGCGUCGAUCUCGGCAGACGUCAUUGAGAACACAAUGAAAACCAUUUUGACGCUGGACUUUCAAGAGUUGAGAGGUGAUAUCCAAUGAGCUCCAUUUCAGAAUAGAAUGUUUAAUUUCAGAGGCUCUCCAAGACGGAAGGUACAACGCGUCGAUAGUUGUCAGUGCCUACAUCUGGAGAGCAAUAAAGAUAAACAAGAAGCUCAAUUGUAUAACUGAAGUGAUUUCGAGUGCAAUCACGCGUGCUGCUCAAUUAGACGACGAAUAUAGGGACAGGAAGAAGCCGCCAUUCUUUGGCCUUCCGUUCUCUGUGAAAAGCAACUUCCACGUGAGUUUUGAGCUCGAUUUGUUUAUCGAUUGUUUUUAGAUCGAAAAUUAUGACGCAACCGUCGGACUGGCUCAGUUCCUAGACCGAAGGGAGCAUUCGACGUGUGCACUCGUUCAAUUCCUCUCCGAUCAGGGCGCCGUCCCGUUCUGCCUCACAAAUGUCCCGCAAGGACUUCUCUCCUACGUCAGCUCUAAUCCGAUUUAUGGCAGAACUAUAAAUCCGUGGGAUUUUGAUCGUACUCCUGGCGGCUCUUCUGGCGGCGAAGCAGCACUUGUGGCGGCGGGAGGCGCUGCGUUCGGAAUCGGAAACGACCUGGUCGGCAGCCUAAGGAUCCCGGCCGCCUUCUGUGGACUGGUGACUGUGAAGCCGACGCAGGACCGACUUCACGAAAGCGGCAUGAAUCCGGGGCAUCCGGGAAGAGGCCGGCUCGGGCUGAGCACUGGAUUCUACACGCGAACGGUGACGGAUCAGGAGUGGCUUCUUCGAGAAGUCAUCGGCAAUCCAAAGUUCACCGAACUGUGUCCGUCGUCGUCGUCGGCGCCGUUGGGAUCCACGGACGAGUUGCCCGAGGGACGCAAACCUUCCAUUGGCUGGUUUGUUGACGACGGAUUCGGUCCAGUGGCACCAUCGAACCGACGGGCAGUCAUGGAAACGAUCGAGAAGUUGAAGAAAAAGGGAUACGAGACCGUUGAGUUCAAAGUCCGGGAUGUCGACCAAAGUCCAGAGUUCUCAUCAUUCGCAAUCGCAGACAUGCUCUUUCGGGUAUGCUCGUUAUCCGUAAACAGUAUAGUCAUUAGUACCCGUAUUCAGAAUGUGAUGCCUGAUAAUGGAGAGUACAUGUCAAAAAUGUACUCUGGGGAAGAAUACGAAAAGGACAUGAAGGACUUCAUCGUGUUAAUCCGAUACAAACAGUGCUUCUUGGUUCGAUGGCUGGCCCAAUACGUCCUUCUUCCGCUUUCUCGGUUUACUCGUUUCAAUUCAAAAAGGAUACACACUCUUACGAACUGUCACAAUUCCAGUCUUGAAGAUAUUCGUCAGAAUCAGGAAAACACGGAUGACUUUAAAAGAAAUUGGAUAAAGUACUGGAAGGAAAAGAAGAUUGACGCACUCAUCUGUCCCUCUUUCAUCAGUAAGUUGGUGUAUUAAAUAAAACCGAAUACUCGUUUUUUCUUUAGCUCCGGCGCAGCCGUUUGCAUAUCCUGCUCGUCUGAGCACCGGCGUCUUCAUCACUGGUCUUUUCAAUAUGCUCGACGUGCCGGCUGGAAUCGUGCCCGUCGGUCCGGUGCUCAACAAAGAGAACGAAGAGGGAAUAGAGACGCACAACGAUUAUCUUCUGGAGCAGCAGAAGAAGGCGAUUCGGGGAACGGAAGGACUGCCGAACGCGGUGCAAGUGGUCGCGUUGCCGAAUUGCGAGGAGAUGUGUCUUCGAGUGAUGCGGAUCGUCGAAGGAAUCGCCGACGGAGCGGAUAACAAAGUGAAACGGCUUCGCUGGAAGUUGGAUGGAAAUGGGACGGAUACGGUGUUCGAGGCGGGAGGAAGCGAGCACUGUUUCGAAUGGGUCGAUCUCCGUCCGUAA